AUGGAGGACACAGGCAUAACCGAGGAUCUGCCGACUUGUGCCUUCUGCCACUGCCCAUUCCCUGAAUCCGAUGCAUUGCCCUGUGGCCAUUACCUUUGCUCAAACUGUAUCGAGGAUGCCCGGGCCAAGGGAGAAGCUGCGGGCAGACUGGACUGCCCAGUGUGUAUCAAUCCGUUGGUCUCGGAGCCCAGGCUGGAUGGGGAAAGCCAACCGGAGAAAGCUGCUGUCCCAUCCCUCACAGCCGAGCUCCCCCCACCUGGAAGAGACCCUCAGGAGGUGGGCGUAGGUGACCCUGCAGGACAGCUCCCCAGUGAUCCUACAGAGAGACAGUGCCAUGAACACAAGGAGCCUCUGGAGUUUUACUGUGAAGACGAUGGAGAGUGUGUGUGUGGGCCAUGUACAGUAACAGGCAAACACAAAUCCCACUCCCUGCUCAGCUUGGAAAAGGCAGAAAGUCACGUAAAGGAAAAAUUGAGAAAAGAAAUUGAAAAUCUCCGGAUAAUUCAGCAGGAUUGUCACUUCAAACACCAAGAUGUGACAAUAUCCGAAUCAGAAAUCAAGACACAAAUCGAUCAGCUGAAAGAAAAUCUCUCAAAGAAGUUCUCCGAAUGGAGGAAGAGCCUGGAGGAGGAUGAGGACUAUGCCGUUAAAAUGAUUGAAGAGGAGGGGAUGAAGAUGUUGUCCAAGAGUGCCAUGUGCUUUGGUGAACUGAACAACAAAAUGCAUCUGAUUAGGCUGAUAGAUGAUGAAACUCAGAAUCUGGUCCAUAUGGAUCCACUCUCAUUUAUUCAGAAAUCUAAACAGGUCCUCUCUCGCGUUACUGACACUCAGAAUCAAUCAGAUGUAAAUAUCCCGAAGCUGAUCCUGAAUUUGUACAACGCACCCGAGCUUAUCAAGGAGCGGAUGAACAAUUCUUUCACCUACCAAUCAGCCAUUCUGGGGACCACAAAUCAGUGGUCGCUGCUGACUCUGGAUCCAGACUCGGCCUACUGGCUCCUGAACGUCUCUGAGGAUGAGAAGACAGUGAUGUUCGGCUACAUGGGUGAGAACUCGUGGCACAACUCCAACAUGUUUGAGAACAUGCACCAGAUUCUGUGCUCUCAGAGUUUCACGGCUGGCUGUCACUCCUGGGAUGUGAAGACAGGAGGCAUCGCCUGGGGGGUGGGGGUGGCCUACGGGACCAUAGACCGGGGAGGGCUGGAGUCUUAUUUCACCAACAGCACUAAGUCGUGGUGUUUAUAUUUCUACCGCGGGUUUCUGACAGCUUGCCAAAAGAACCAACAGACUUACCUCCUGAAGUACCCAGCCAUUAGCAGGAUGCGUGUCCAACUGGAUUACGAGGCCGGCACAAUAUCUUUUUACCAGGUCAGCAAUCGUCAGAGGCACUUAUACACCUUCAAAACCACCUUCUCUGAACCUGUAUUUCCUGCAUUCUCAUGUUCAGGCAGUUCCUCCAUAAAACUGUGUUAA